GGGUUAAUAAGAAAGCCAACAAUUUCGAUUCAUAGUCCAGAAAUCUUGUGCCAAAAUGUCCAUAGCACUAUCUCAACAAAGUUUCCUAACCAACUCCCUGACAUUAACCCCUAAACCCAGAACAGGGACUAGCAAUUCUGUUGCCUUCAUCUCUUGCAGAUGCCAACAAGAUGAGCCCAGUGAUUCUUCCAGGAGAAAUGAUAACCAACUGGCAAAGCUAGCAAUAGUGACACUGGCAGCUGGGGUGCUGACUGUGGUGUCAGUUGGUGAUGCAUACGCCGCCAAGACUGGUGGUAGAGUUGGUGGCCAAGCUUUCCGGUCGUCGGCUCCUCGAUCAUUCCCCAGAAUCGACAACAAUUCUAGGAACAAUGUUUUUAUCAAUCCGCCAGUUGCACCUCCUCUUGUUGGAGGAUAUGGAUAUGGUUAUGGAGUGCCCUUCUAUGGUGGAGGCUGGGGUUGGUCUCCAUACUCCUCCUUUACACCUGGACCCAGCAUUGCUAUUGGUGUUGGAGGUGGACUCGAAGUUUUAGUCCUACUCAUGUUUCUUGGUGCUAUUGCAGCUGUAGUUAGGAGAUUACUUGGAUCAGGAGAUGAAGAGGAGUAUUAGUAAAUGUAUUAAAACUUUUUCCGACUGUGUAUAGAGCUAUCAGCAACGAUCUGUUGCUACUGCCUGUGACCACAGGACAUUUCAGUUGGUUGCUGUUGUAUUUCAACUGUGAAGUGUUUCACUUACCAUGUAUAUAUGUGAAUCUUUAUGAAGAUGCAAUGGAGCAACGUUUGUAACUUCUGAACCAUCUUUGUAGACUGAAUGAGAUGUGUAAUUACAAGUGCAAUGUGUUGUUAUCUUGUUGAUACAUGAUUUGGAAUCGGCAAUGACCAUCAAAAAAGUACUCUUAU